UCGCCCUGGAAUUCUAGUUCUCGUUGUCAUAUUGUCCGCAAAGCGAUACCAGUUUUACGAGGUGACACAGCACGAGCUAUGAUCAAAGUGCAAUAAUUUUGUUUAAGAAUGCGCCAGGGAUACCAUUCCCGUUCGUUUGGAAGAGUUUUUACUUAAGCACCGUUGGAAACCGACGGAGAUGAAUGAUGAGAGUUGAAUCUUAUUUGUCCACAUGAGCAAAGUAUUAUUAGGAGAAGAAAGCAAAGUAGGAGGGAGGCGGCACGAAUGUUGUGUGGCCCGCGUCCGCGUGAAUUUGAUUGUAAGUUAAAUCUUUGUAGCAUAAGUUCCGUUACGUUUGGUUGUACAGAAACUAGCGCUAGUGAGGCGAGAGACCCUCGUUCGGUAUACUAACGUCGAUGGACCACCGGCGAAUGGAUGGACACAGCAGUGUGUCUGUGUGUGUGUGUGUGUGUGUGGAUUGAUUAAGGUCGAACGUCAAGACCGGAGAACAACGCGUUGGAAAACAGUUGUGCGCAACAUGUGUCGCUGUGAUGAUUUGAACUGCACUUCCGUGUAAUCUCCGGACAGAGUACUUAAAAUAGUGACAAAACGGGAAGAGUGAAUGCGCUACCAGUGAAUAACACCAAAUAGUGCAGGACAAGUCAUCCGGAAGCGGAUCUUGUAAAUUAUGUGUUCGACCACUGGCAUAAGACGGAACGGAAGCAUUAGAAUUGCACCGAGAAAGGAGAGAAAAAGUAGCAGAGGAAAAGAGAAAACUCUAUUUUUCUAGAUAAGCUUUCCUUUUUGAAAAUUCGUAACUUUUGAUAUUAACACUUACUAUCCGUCGGUACGCCCGCUUUUCUCGGUUGGAGAAGAUUGUGUGACGAAAAAGAUGAGCUGAAAGGAUGUAUUCUGUCCAGGAUCGUGCGUUCGUACGAUGUGAGUUUAUUUGUACGUUAGUUUUUUUAUUUGUGUAUGUGCCGUGCACAACGAUUUACCUACUUAUUGCAAUACAAACAUGCGUAUACCCCGUGACAUGUUGGUCGGCUCGGUGUGAGCGCUAAUCAGUUAUAUAGCCCUGUUCCUUUUGUGUUUCCAUCACCAUUUUGUAGGUGGCGACAUGCAAAUGGCGAUUAAAUGCAAAAAAAAUGACGAAAUGCAAAAUCUGAUAGGAGAUAGCUUAUUUUAUUUAUAGUUUAGUGUCAAUGCUAUCGCUAAAAGCUGAGCACCACACGUAUGCUGCUGCUGCUUCCGAGGAACAAAGAGCAAACAAUCUAGAAUUGUAACAAAUAACUUCCACCGAUUAAAUGCUGCUUAUUUAAACGAUUUAGCACAUCGGCAAAAAUGUUUCACCAGGAAUGUUGCGGGUUGCGUUAAUUUUUGUAAGAUGACCAACCAACCACAGCGAACCGCAAUCAGAAUCUCGCGUCAAACUUGCGCUGCGAUUAUUACUUCGCCAUUUAACAUAAUUUACUGUUAAAUCAGGAUCAAAACUGAUUACUUUGCAAUUUGCUUUAUUUAUCUCUUGUCCUUUUCAUCUGAACCAAUGAACAACCUCGGGUGGCCUCUAAAACAAACAGACAGAUCACGGUGUAUCAAGGCUGCGGCGGUGCUAGCAUUUUGAAUAACAGAUUGAAUGGUUGAAAUGUGUGGGCAGACAUGCCUGUCUAAAAAAUAUAAUUGAUUGACGUAGCUAAUUCCCGCAGUGAACGAGACGACUGUGGGGUUCUCUUUGGUUCAGGUGAGUUGCCUUUGUCCUCGUUGGUGUUUAAUCCAUGUUUCGAUCUUUCUUUCGCAAAGGAUGCCCUGCCUGAGCGUCUGGGUACUGGGCAGUUUCAUUUACGUAUAGGUAUAGGUAAAUGGUUGUAGUUUGAAUAGAGGAAGGCUGAGGUUCGGCUCUUCGCAAUAUUGUCUCAAAUAUUGUUAAUGGGCCGGACGGAACCGCAUCGUGGUCGUCCCAGUGUUAAGACGAAUUAAUGUUUAGAACUAGCAAAUUCGAUAGAACCAGAAUGAAAUGGAAACGAUCGUGUGAUUGCAAACCGUUCGAAAACUUUAUGAAUUGACACAUGUGUAAUGUGUAAUAGAGAUGCAGAUGGAGCAACAGUAGCAGCAGCAGAAGCAGCAGCAGCGGAGUAAAUGCACUAUCCAACAAACAAGCUGGUCUUGUUCUGUUGUUGUCCCUAUAUUAGGUUUAAGGUUAGUUGAUAAAUCAAAUAUGCGUCAAGGAAAGCAGAUGUAACAUGUGAGAAAAAAUAUGGAAAGCCACUCAUCCCAUCCCAUAGAUGAGUGGGUUUUCCCUGACCUUGGGAAGUUUAGUUUGCGGGAACGUACAGUCACUACCGUGAGCGUUUAUUUUUGCCUGUGGGAUUGAACAUGAUUUUACCGUUUGUUUGGUUCAAUCGAACGUUGGCCCCUGGGUGUUUUCCUUUUUUCUCCGCAAGUGCUAUACUGCUACAGUCACUAAUUUGCAGCGUUCCUUCGCCCGUUUUCGGUAUUAACCGGGGGAAAAGUUCGGAUGAUAGAAAUGGAAUAAUGUAGAUCCUAUGCUAUUACGAUAGAUCACAAAUAGAAGUGUAAGAUCCACUCGAAAAUAGCUGAGCAACAUGACACGCUCUUGCACGAGCAAUCGAAAACUAUAGCUACAAAACACACCUGUAUCACAUCACACACACAAAUACACAUACACAAACACACAGUACCCUUAUCACUCCAGGCGCUAUCCGGGAAAUAGUGAACGUAGAACCCGUUUCUGAAACAUUCUACCUAACCUUCAUCGAAACAUCGCAACUAAGGAGAGAAGAAAAAGUACCAAUUUUAAGUCCACACCACCUUAGUUUUAUUGGUAAAACCAACAACAGCAACAACCACUAUACAGCACUGUGCUGUAUGCGCACCAGUGUGUCCCUGUGCUAAGGGUAGACUGGCAGAUAAGAGCAAAUAACUGUCAUAACGACCUGUCUGUCUAGUUCAUGCACUCACUGACGAUGAAGAUGAUCAUGUGGCGAUCGUCACGCAGAAUGCGUUCGUCACUCAGUCACCAAAAUUCACAUGACAAGAAAGUGGAAAAUACAGAAUUGAAACGGAAACACGUCGCUUUUUUUUUAUUUAUUUUUUGUCCGAAGCAGCAAUCCGUGAUUUAUCCAAUCCAGAUGGAACGAGGAUAUCAAGAUUAAUUCCGAAAGAUUGAAAUAACGGCCUGAAGAAGGAAGACGUUGGAUCGCGAACAGUAAGAAGUUUCCUGAGACUACGAACGUUA